AUGAGUAGUUUUGGGGUUGAUAUCAUUGGACGUAUUGAACCACCGACACCCGGCGGUACGCGAGAGCCAUCAACAACUGGUGAGCCAGAUCGACCACCAGUUGAUGACCACCACAAUCAUGUGUCACAUUCUGAAAGGUUAUUCAAACCUCAUUCAGAAUGUGAACUGUAUGUGAGCGGUGUGAAAGCAACAUCGGACAUCAAAUUGAGCCAUUCGGAUAGCAGUAUAUAUGAAGGUUCAUCAUGCUCACGUACCCAAGAUAUCACGUAUAGUCGUCCGCGAUUGAAAGAAAGUAAAAAGUUGGAUACUCUGCCAAAUGUGAAAAGGUAAGA